GCCCCCAGACAGCCGACGAGUUCAUGGAGUUUAUGAUGCGCUGUGGCUUUAAUUGCGUGACUCACAACUUGCGCUGGGAGAUGAAGAGCGGAGUGGCGUUGAAGUCGGGCAUUGCGCGGGGGCGCAAGCACUUGGGCAGCGCCGUCUACGCGGCGCAUAGCGUGGACCAGCAUGAGCUGACGAAUAGCCUGUCGAACGAGACGCGCAUCAGACGGUUGAUCCAGAUCGAGGCAGCAGUUCGGCGAAAUCCCAGGUCGCCAGAUUUCGAGGGGUCGGAGGUGGUCAUGUCGCAUCCGACCGGCACAGGCGGUGAGUUGACCACGAAGAACUCCACGACGUGGGUGUCGGAACGGCAGAAGGACGAGGCCUUCCUCCUCAAGCAGCAGCGGCUGUGGCGGGAAGAGAGAGCGGCGGACGAAAAUCGCCGAGCGGGCAAGGAGUCUGAGCCUGGCGCGGGGUCCAAAUCGGCCCCGAGAGGCGCGGCGUCGCCGCGCUCAGCGCUGGGCCCCCAGGCGCUGGGCGUCGCGCGGCGGCGUCGCCAUGCACGGGGGCGAGAAGGGAGUCCGAUGGCACGGGGAGCUCUUUGGUACCUGAACAAGUUCGGCGCGAACUGCGAGGACUGCCCCGACGCCUUCGGCGAAGGCCCCGAAGGCGGGCGAGCGGCGGAUCCACUCGGCGCAGGGGGCGCUCAACGCCCUGGACGCCGGCCCGUCGCGCUCUUUCCGCCCGGCUGGGCGAGGGCGAAGAGCGCGAGGAGAGCGCGCCUUCCGGCCGAUCAGUCGAUCGGUCUUCGAGCGGUUGGCGCGCGGCGUUGGACAGCUGGGCGGCGACCUGGCGACCUCUGCGAGCAAGGGGUCCUCAAGGAGCUCCUGCGCACCGAGGACCUCUGCGAUCUCGAGCGCCACCUGGGCUCAUACUCGCACGAGCGGGUCGAGAAUAUUCUCGCGCGCGGCAUCGCGGCCAAGGGCGUCCUGGAGCUGGCGCCGCCGAGCCAACGCGAGGUGCUGGCCUACCCCGGGCAGCGCAUCCUCUGGGACAGCGCCGACCUCGAGCUCAGGAACCAGGGCGGCACCCUCUGGCUCAUCGUUGACGCGAGGGAGGCCAACCGCAUGCGCCGACACUCGCCACGCACCUGGCUGGGCACCGUCGCGGCGCUCGGGUCCCUCGACCUCUCCGACACCGCGGCGGGCUCCAGCGAGCCUCCCGACGUCUGCGCGGCCUCGGUCGACCUGCGCAACGACUUCAGCCAGUUCCGCCACCGCAAGUUGGGGUCGCCGUCCGGGGUCGACUUCGCCGAGCGGGCCGACGUCUGGGGGGUUCAGGAAUAUCUACGACGAGGAGCGAGAUGCUUAGUCAAGGUCGGCCCGGGCGAGAUGCUCUUCCCGGUCUUCGACGGGGAUCGGCAUGCCCCCGAGCCGCCGCGGACAAACCUGGCCCACAGGCUGCCGCGCGUCGACAACGCCAACGUCUUCGGCCUCAGUCGGGGCGCCCCCCAACGGCCGCCGGACGCCAUCGAGGGCGACCUCGGCGGGGGCGGCCGCCAUUACAACGUGGAAAACGAGCCCGCGGAGUCGCCCGAGCUCCUGGGGGUCGAGGCGCGGCCCUUCGCGGCGGAGUCGGGCAACGGGGGGGCCGCGCCGUGGACGUGGCGGGACGUCGACACUGUCGUGCGUUCAGCUGAGGAGGUGGGGAUCCCGCACCUGCCGGACGCACUGCUGGGGAGCGGCCGCCGGGCCCCGGCCAUCAAGGGCUCGUCGCAGUGCGAGGGG